AGAGUUCCAGAGGGGGACUUGCUCCCGCUCCGACGCCGAGUGCAAGUUCGCCCACCCGUCGCGCAGCUGCCACGUGGAGAACGGCCGAGUCAUUGCCUGCUUUGACUCCCUCAAGGGGCACGGCUGGUGCUGGGAACAGUCACACGGAGAUUAGGUCCUUAAAGAGCCCUGCCACAAGCCAGCAAAGUUUGGAAACAAAAGCUCCGCGUGUAAUCCCAACCGCGCCGGCCGAGCCCGCCCACCGGGGCUGCUUCCUCUUGCUGUCAGCUCCCGAAGGAUCAGACUGGCCGGUGUACCCGAGAGAACUGCAAAUAUCUCCAUCCUCCCCCGCACUUAAAAACGCAGCUUGAAAUCAACGGCCGCAACAACCUGAUCCAGCAGAAGACAGCCGCAGCCAUGUUCGCCCAGCAGAUGCAGUUCAUGCUCCCGGGCGCCCAGCUACAGCCGAUUACAACAUUUCCUGUGACUCCAUCGCUUGCAACGAGCCCCACGAUGGCUUUUAGUCCCUACCUGAGUCAUGUUUCUCCUGGGAUGGGCUUGGUUCCUGCAGAGCUUUUACCAAAUACUCCUGUCCUGGUCUCUGGGAAUCCCACUGUUACAGUGCCAGGAGGCUCUGCUGGGCAGAAACUGAUGCGUACGGACAAACUGGAGGUUUGUCGAGAGUUUCAGCGUGGAAAUUGCACACGUGGUGAGAACGAUUGCCGCUAUGCUCACCCCAUAGAUAUUGCCAUGAUAGACACAAAUGAAAACACUGUUACAGUUUGCAUGGAUUACAUCAAAGGUCGCUGCUCUAGGGAGAAAUGCAAGUACUUUCAUCCCCCUGCACACCUGCAAGCCAAAAUCAAGGCAGCUCAACACCAGGUGAACCAGACAGCUGCAGCUGCAAUGGCCCUGCCGCCUGGUGCACUUCAACCUUUACCAAAGAGGCCAGCACUUGAAAAAAACAAUGGUGCCACCACAGUCUUUAACCCAAGCGUUUUCCACUACCAACAGGCUCUAGCCAACAUGCAGUUGCAACAGCCUACAUUCAUCCCCACAGGGUCAGUUCUGUGCAUGACACCCACUGCAAGCGUUGUGCCCAUGAUGCACGGUGCUACGCCCACCACUGUGUCUGCAGCAACAACUCCUGCCACCAGCGUCCCCUUCGCUGCAACAGCUACCGCCAAUCAGAUAUCCCAGUUAUCAGUAGAUGAACUGAGUAGCAGCAUGUUUGUUUCACAGAUGUAGAAGUUCCCGAUAGAACACAGACCAUGUUGAAAUCCUGACCAGUCAAACUCCGGAGCACCAGGACUUCAUGGUGGGAAGCUGCGCAUGGCCUUUCUGUAUAUAAUCCCCUUCUUCCCUCUAUCGUUUCUCUACCACCUCUACAGUAAGCCUGUUGCAGCCUACAUGUUAACCAAAAAACUGAAUCAAUGGGAAUGUCAAAAGAGAAAAAAAAAAAAAAACCACACAAAAAAACACAAAACAAGACAAAAAAAAAAAGACAAAAAAAAAGGAGAAAAUAAAAAAGGAGGAAAAGAAAAGGAGGAAUAAAGGAGGAAAAAAAAGGAGGAAAAAUGGAGGAAAAGAGGAAAAAAGGAGGAAAAAUGGAGGAAAAAAGGAGGAAAAAAUGGAGGAAAAGAGGAGAUAAAAGGAGGACAAAGAGGAGGAAAAAGGAGGAAAAAGAGGA